GUAUAUACCGUAUAAAUGUUUAUUUCCCAAAACAAAUAGUAAGCGAAAGUAAAUCGCAAUCAUUUCGGCCAACAAAUUAUGGAUUUUACCAUUAAGAGUGCGAUUACUUUUCUAACUAUUGUUCACAUCAGUGAUUGUCAGAUCGAUGAAUUGAGACGACAACGAAAUCCAUAUGAAUUCUUCCAAAUAGGAGCCGAAAGUCCGCCCAAACCUGUACUGUAUUUGGAGAGUGACAUCAAUUCCGUGCCUCCUGUGGGCACCUCUGACUUUGUUAGACAUUUUGCCAGAGAAACGAGUGGUGAAAACAUCAAGAAUUUACGUCUUGUGGGGAAAAGCGAUGCAAAUGUUGGCCAAUCAGUUGUCAGACGUUUGCCUCUAAUGGACACCGAGGAGGCAAAAGAUCCGCACUCUUCGCACCGCAAUUUUGUGAUCGCCGGCGACAACCAGUAUUAUGCGGUCCACACAUCUCGUGAACCCGAGGCCCCCAUCACUGGUCACUAUCACAGUUCGUAUGCCGACAGAAAUAAAGGAGGAAAACUCUAUUUAGGAAAUCGACCUUUUUAUUUUUAA